CGACGGCCUUCUCCUCCAUCUUCUUCUUCUUCUUCGUCACGGUUCUGGAGCUCUUUUCCUUCCUCUUGUAGUCCUGGACAACCCUCCGCAGCUCAGCUUCUCAAAGCAGCUCCUUGCUUAACCUCCCGCCGCCGCCGCCUCGGAUAGCGAUCGAUGGCCGCUUCGCCGAGGGCAGCGAUGCUGUACUACGCCGGGUGCGAGGAUCGCCACUGCGAGCCCCACUUCCUCCAGUCCUGCUUCCUCUGCAACAAGCGUCUCGGGUUCAACUCCGAUAUCUUCAUGUACAGGGGCGACACGGCGUUCUGUAGCAAAGAGUGCAGGCAAGAACAGAUAGAGAUGGACGAGGCGAAAGAGAAGAGCUGGAAGAGUUUGCCAUCGUCGUCUUCCUCCUCCUCCUCUAGGGCUUCGAGGAAAUCAGAGUCGACCAAGAGCAGCAACAAGGCCGUACGGACUGGCACAGUGGCGGUCGCGUGAGAUGAGAACCAUUCUUGAAAACCCUGUGAAGAUCCCCCAGGGAGAAUUCCUGGGGAUCUGUAUCUUAGAGCCCUUCGAUGUGUAAAGAGAUCGGUGGCAGGGUCAGAAUCUGGUUGGGAGAAGAAAUGGAUCGAGAAAAAAAAAAGGG